GACCACGACCGUCUCCCUGGCAGUGCCGAGACUCUAUUUCCCAGCGCACCCCGCGUCCCCGCCGCAAAAGCCGGGCCGGGAAGAUGGCGGCGCCCAUGUCGCCCUUGGUUACUGUGCGCUGCCUGCUGCGGGCUUCGGCGCGGCGCGCCGGCCGCCUGCUACAGGUGCCGGCCGCCGCCCUGCGUCGAGCAUACACAGCUCAGGCAGGUGAGAAGACAGUCCCUGGUACUCCUGCAGAUGCUAAUGCCAGAGCCUUAUUGGUUUGCAGUGGACCUUUAGAACAUUAUGACUUUCUGAUUAAGCAAAAAGAGCUGAAGAAUGAUGAGCAUCAAAGAAGAGUCGUGCAGCACCUGCAGAAGUUGCACGAGAGCCUUAAAGGCUACAGCAUCAGUUCAAAAAAUCUUCUCUCAAAGUUCUUUGCAAAAAACACCCCCCCAAAAGGUCUUUAUGUCUAUGGAGAUGUUGGCACAGGAAAGACAAUGGUGAUGGACAUGUUCUAUUCUCACUUAGAAAUAGAAAAGAAAAAGAGAGUCCACUUUCAUGGCUUCAUGCUAGAUGUACAUCAGAGAAUACAUCGCCUUAAGCAGAGCUUGCCAAAAAGAAAGGCAGGAUUUAUGGCCAAAUCAUAUGACCCAAUUGCUCCAGUAGCAGAGGAAAUAAGUGAAGAGGCUGCUCUUUUAUGUUUUGAUGAAUUUCAGGUCACUGACAUUGCUGAUGCCAUGAUUCUGAAGCAGCUUUUUGAAAAUCUGUUCCAAAAUGGGGUUGUCGUUGUGGCAACAUCUAACAGGCCUCCAGAAGAUCUCUAUAAAAAUGGUCUUCAGAGAGCUAAUUUUGUACCAUUCAUUGCUGUGCUGAAGAAGUACUGCAGCACAGUGCAGCUUGAUUCUGGAAUAGACUACAGGAAACGAGUGCUUCCUGCUGCUGGAAAACUUUACUACCUCACAAGUGAAGCUGAUGUGGAGGCUGUCAUGGAUAAGUUGUUUGAUGAGCUGGCUCAGAAACAAAAUGAUUUAACUAGACCAAGGAUUCUAAAAGUGCAAGGCAGAGAGCUGAGGCUGAAUAAAGCAUGUGGAACCAUUGCAGACUUCACGUUUGAAGAGCUGUGCGACAGACCUCUUGGAGCCAGUGACUAUUUGGAAAUAUCAAAACACUUUGACACAGUCUUUGUUCGUGACAUACCGCUUCUUACAAUGGCAAAAAGGACACAAGCUCGUCGCUUCAUUACUCUUAUUGAUACCUUUUAUGAGCAUAAGGUGCGUAUUAUUUGUUCUGCAGUGGCUCCUCUCCAAAGCUUGUUCCUGGUAGAACAUGACAGUGGUGAGGUAGAGAACAACAGAGUCUUGAUGGAUGAUUUGGACUUGAGCCAUGAUUCCGCCAAAGGACUCUCCAUGUUCACAGGAGAAGAGGAAAUCUUUGCCUUUCAGCGUACUCUCUCUCGGCUUACAGAAAUGCAGACUGAACAGUACUGGAAAGAUGGAGACAGAAGCAAAAAUAUGUUGUAAUUAAAAGUUGAAUAAAAUCACCAGAAGUAAAACUACAGAAUUGGAAAAGUUUUUAGCACAACUGAAAUAAUAAUUGCACUUUAUCAUCUGGACCAUAUUUUCUUCCAUCAGUUUUUUUUUGUGCUUAAGAAAUGAGGACUUGAUUAUUUUUCAGUACCAUCAGUGUGUGGACAUGUGAAAUUUUGCCUUAAUUUUAUUUUCUGUAAAAUACGAUGUUGAUGUUCAGUAAGUUUAAUGAGAUUAUAAUUUUUCUGGAGAAUUGCUGUAGAGACAAAGUUGAUGGGCUAUACAGGGUUCACAGUAGAUUUAGAAUGUCACGUGAAGAGGACACUUAAUGGUUGAUGCGCUGCUUCUGUCACGUACAAUGCAGUUGGCACAAGAGAAAAGUCAAAUGCUGUCUUUAUGAAACUCCUGAUAUUGUAUAGGUCCCUGAUAGAAUUCUGGAACCGCUCUGUUGUAUAUUCUGUUGUGGGUUUAUUUGACCCUUAUUUUCUGUGUGGAGCCAUCUGCUGACUUUUCAAGCUCUAAGUUUCCUGUAGUCAGCCUGUUGCUCAGUUUAGUUCAUUGUAAACUAAUGGUUUGAGCCAUGCGAGAGCCCUGAGGAGGAGACUGAAGGUGCUUGAAACUGCACACAAUUAAAACCAAGGUAAUCACUGCUGGGAAAAGAAACUAUGACUGGACAGUGUAUACUGUAACAUAUAAGUGCAAGGUAAUACUCUAAAUUUUGCAGUUCUUGCACGCCUGAAUAUGCUGCCUUUACACCAGUGUUAUAUGUGUACCCUGAAUUUUUUCAGGCUUCAUCUAUGCCAAACCUUAUAUUGCUUCUAGCACACCUGCUCUGAUGUGGGGAGAGUGAUCCUGCCCCUCUUGUCUGCUCUCGUGAGACCUCACUUGGGGUAUUGUGUACAGUUCUGGUGUCCUCAACAUAAAAAGGACAUGGAACUGUUGGAACAAGUCCAGAGGAGGGCCACAAGAAUGAUCAGGGGACUGGAGCACCUCCCGUAUGAAGACAGGCUGAGAAAGUUGGGGCUGUUCAGCCUGGAGAAGAGAAGGCUGCGUGGAGACCUCAUAGCAGCCUUCCAGUAUCUGAAGGGGGCCUACAAAAGAUGCUGGAGAGGGACUUUCCAUCAGGGACUGUAAUGAUAGGACAACGGGUAACGGGUUAAAACUUAAACAGGGGAAUUUCAGGUUAGAUAUAAGGAGGAAGUUCUUUACUCUGAGCAUGGUGAGGCACUGGAAUGGGUUGCCUAAGGAAGUAGUAAAUGGUCCAUCCAUGGCAGUGUUCAGGACAGUUUGGAUGCAGUCUUGGGUGACAUGGUCUAGUGGAAGGUGUCACUGCCCAUGGCAGGGGCUUUGGAAUUAGAUGAUCUUAAGGUCUUUUCCAACCCCAACUAUUCUAUGAUUCUAUGAUUUUGGGGUUUAACUGAAACAAAAUACAGUAUUAUGCUUAUUGACUUACAGUGCAUUUUUAUAAAAGGUUUAUUUAAUAACAUAUUUAGAACCCCUGAAGAGGGGAAAAUACUAUGUAGAUAGACUGAAAAGAUUGCCCUAAUUGGUUAGGGAGGAGAUAGAUACAUAACACACUGUCCCCAGAUUUGAGGGGUUUUCUUGGACUUUGCAACAUGACCUUUUUCUUCUACUGUACCUAUUCCCCAAAAUAUUGUUCUCUGCCUUUGUUUAGCCUGAUUAAAUUGUUUCAGUUGUAGCCCUCCAUCACAGUUAUGGAAAGCUUUUGAAAGGGGAUUUUGGGACAGCAGGGAAGACUGGACAGAUAGUGUGCACUUGUAUGUGUUUUGAGAAUACAGAUGGUUUGGAGCCAUGUGCUCAAGUCUGGUUUUCUGUUCUGUGUCCUGGAAGACUUACAGUGGCUAUACCUGUUCUUCAGAGAAUUUCUAAAGCCUAUAUUUAUAGUUUACAAGUUAUGCAACUGUGUUGUUAUUCCCACAAGGGUGACUACCAUGGAGAAUUUUAAUGUGUAUUUAUGAAACCCCCAAUCAGAAUACAUUGCUUAUACUGCAUAAGCAAUGACUAUAUGAAUAAUUGAUGUAUAUUUUCAGAGAUUUGUAUUAGGUUUCUCAACAGAGGGACUAUUGAGAUUCAUGCAUGUGUGUCUGUGUAUAUACACACACCUAUACUUAUUAUAUACAUAUAUAUAAAUACAGAUAAAACUAAUUUAUAUAACUUAAGUGUGUGUGGUUCUGUAUUUAUAUGUGGCAAUCUAUACUCAUGAGCCUGGCCCUGUGCUGACAGGCCUAGUGAUGCCUGGUGUCCAUCACUAGGGCAUGAUGGACAGUACUGGGCAUGUCCUGGCCCAGGGUGCUGCAUCACCUGCAGUCCAGAGGGUGAUCCCAGCAGUCCUGUCCCCUGCUGCCUGGCCUGCUCCUGGCUGCUGCGAGACAGCAGUGGUCUGUGGCUUUUUAUUACCACAUUAAAAUGUUGUAUUUGCCAAAAUGUAAAGAGUGAGAUGCCUGUGAAUGAACUAUGCAUACUCCUUGAUGGCCUUAAAAUUGCUGGGUUUAUGCUGGAUGCCUCUAUCCCAAGAUCAAGUAUUGGCUUUUUAGGUUUUCUUAACUUGUAAAUUCAUGUCAUUUAGGAUCUGCAACAAGUUUUUAUUUCCCUUUUAGUCAUUCAACAACCAUUAUUGCCAAGUUAAUUUUAAAAGUAACUUUGAGUAAUCCUAUUGAUGUGGUAUUAUAUUUUGCUGUCACAGGAAGCAAAAUCCUUGUCAUUAUGGACCAUGCAAAAUGUUUCAUGUUGGUUUGUAAAGGCCACAUGCUGGCUAAGAAUCUCUCAGCUAACUUGUUUCAAAUAUUUGAUUGACAAAGGAAUGUUCUCAGUGCCUGAAAAUCUAAAUUACAGCUUCUGUGAGUAUAGUUACUUUAUCCAUACAAACAUUUUAUCUUUAAAGCUGUAUUUUCAUUUUGCGUUCUUGUGCAGUAGCUCUUACUUAUAUUUUAAAUAAAUAACGCGGUUCUGUCUUUCAAAAUCACUAGUUUUCAGUAUUUACCUUUGCACAGAUUGAGGGAACAAUUGCAGUAGUUUGGGUAUAUUGAGACAGCCCUCCAAAGGUCUCUGGAGGGAUCAGAGAUGCCUUCUUGCUGUUGUUGCUUUUGAUCUAAAAAAGAAAACCAUUAAUGGCCUUUUUUGAUUAAAGGUGACCAUAAUGACACUAUAGCUGGAUAAUGUCACCUAUUUUGAAGCAGUUUAAACAUGGGAAAAAAAGACCUGACCGAGUUUCAAACAGUGCUUUUCAGUCACCAGCCAUCUAAUAAAGAGAAAGAACAGUCUCUCCAUCAAGGCCUGUUUAAAAGGAUCAAGAUCCAGGAGGUUUCCUUCUGCAGUUACUUGGAUCUGUGACUCAGUUUCCCUGUCGAUAGAAUGGGAAUGAUGUUACUUUCUGAUUUGCUGACACUGGAGUACUGCCAGACUUCACCCAUUAAUAUUCUAAGAUGCUUGCUGAGGCUCUGGGAUGGAAAUACUUCAGUAAAGUAUGUAAAUAGUGCAAAAAAUAAUUUAGCUACUCAAAGUGGAUUAGUUUCCUUGUUUGGGUUACAGAAUUAUUGCUGUCAACUACACAUCACGUGCCUCUUUGCUGUGAGGAUAUUUUUUUAAAUAAAGAAUCUAUUUUAAAGAAAGAAAAAAAAAUAACCUGAGGUUUGUGAUUCAAACCUUCACCAAAUCAGGUAGAUUUUAUUCUACUUGUAACAACAGAUUUCCUGUAUGAUUCGUUACAACCUUAGCUCCUGUAACUGUGAACUACAGUGGCUUUGUAAGUUCUGUUGGGAUUCUCCUUGUAUACUGAGAAUUAUUUUUUUUUAAUAUAUUAUUUUGAGUCUAAUAUAUAACAGACUGAACACUAUUAAAUCCUUCUGUUGAGAAUAAUUUAUGUUGUAAUAAAAAUUAAUAAAUCCA